GUGUUGUCAACCGCUAAAUGUAUCUCUAUCCUAAUUUAUUUUAUAUUAAAUAGAAUAUUGUGUUAAUUAUGCUAUCAUUAAUUCAGAACACCUUCCCUAAACAUAUAUGAGAAAAGAACAAUAAAAAUGGGCCGUUAUCUGCGAAAGUGCAUUUUUGUGUCCCAGAUGGAUAUUUUACACUAAAAUUGAAAUAAAAUUAUUGUGUAUUUUUUUGUUGCAAAAUUCAUAUGAAUAUGGAGUGAACCGAUAAGAAAAGAGCAAUCUUUAUUGUACAUAAGCGUGUUAAGAUUCUAUGAAAGAGCAAAAGCCGUCAAGCGUCACUUCCUAAAAGUUCUCAAAGGAUAACUCUGAGGAAUAGAUUACCACGUCAACAGUCGCCCUAUGCACGUCCACAAAAUCUACGUGAUAUACAAAUGGAGAAACCCACCAGAGUCAAGAUUACACUGAAUAGUCGUUUUGCAAUACAUCCUUAUUUUAUUGUAUUGGGUGUUAGCGAUCAGCGUCAAGGGUUUGGUGUUUCAACGCAUGUAGGCCAUACAGGAACGCGUAGUCCUCAAGUUAUAAAAGGUACUACCAUGGAAGACACUCUGGAUGUUGCCGUGAUUGAACUUGAAAAUCCUAUCCUAUUAUUAGGUCCUAUACCGGGCGCUUGUCAUGCUGAGAAAUAUGAAUCAUUAUCGGCUCCCAGCGGUUCUCAAAAAAUAAAUAGUAAAGAAAAAAAGCCAGUGAUAAAUCCAUAUGAACAAGAUAUGAACAUAGUACAUAUGUAUGCUCCCACCAGAUGUGACAUUACACUUGACGGUAAUCCUUACUGCCCUGCUUUUGCAGUACAUCCUUAUAUUGUAGUAGCACGUAAUAGCGAACUCCCCGAAAGUGAUUGGGGUGUUGCAACAUUUCAGAGAGCACCUUUACAGUUGGAUCGGAUUACCAUUAAACCACGUUUAAAUCUUGUCCUGAUUACACUUCGAUAUCCUAUCAUGUUAUCAACACAAGUUAAAGAUGCUUUAAAUUUUGCGAAUUACCCACAAUUCGUUCAGGAUUGCAUUCUUGAAAUGACGGUCAAGUAUAUUCGAAAGAAAAUUCGUGCGACUCAUGCAGUAAUUAAAUUGAAGAAUAGUCAGGAACACAGGCAGUUGGCCCCUGUUGAAAUCAAGAAUUAGUCGAGAAAACUGUCAAGACCCCUAAAACUAGUGUCAUCGUGGAUUAGUCAGGGCGAUUCAGAUGACGCGACUUAUCCUAGUUGGGAUCUAUUUGGGAAAUGGUAUAAACUGUACAACUUAUUUGCUUCAAUAAAUGAAAACGUGUUUCAGUUUGA